AUGAAAAGUCAAGAGCCACCAUCACCGUUUUUAACAUCAAUAAACAAUAGAGAUGAUUUCAAUUCUCUAAUAAAUCCAGAUGAUGAUGAUGAUUAUGAAAGGAAUAAUUAGAUUUUAAGAAGCUAUUUGCCUUUUGACUUUGAAACUAAUAUAAAAUAACAAAGAGUACUGGCUGAGCAUUGCUUUAAUAAGGCUGGAGGAUUUGGAAGAUAUCAAUGGUUCAUUUGGUUUUUCAUGAUUCUAGGGGUCUCGAGCUCAGCUCUUAUAAAUUAAUGUAUGUUCUUACUCUAGCAGCCGCCAAAAUAUGAAUGCUAGGAUGAUUUUACCUUACAAUGGAAAAGUUGCAAUCAAAGUGCAUUUUGUAGCAGUGAAAAUAAACCUCGGGAAGAUGUUAAAUACCGAGUAGACUAUUCUGUUAAGGAAAGUUUAGAUAAUUGGUUUACUACUUUGAAUCUUGAAUGCCUCUCUGAUACUGAGGUUGAUCUCUUUCAUCAUUGCUUUAUAAUUGGAUUGGUGAUUGGAACUUUAGUUUUUCCUAGAGUAGGUGAUAUCGCUGGUCGAAAGAAGACUUAUAUGAUAGGAUUAGCAAUCCAUAUACUUCUAUCAGCAACUAUGCUUAUUCUUAGAGAGCCCAAAUUGUUCUAUGCCAUCAUAUUUCUGAUGGGAAUUGAGUAGCCAGCAAGAUUUCUUAUUGGAUACAUAUAUCUGAGUGAAAUGUGUCAAGAGAAGCAUAGACCACUAGUAUUAUCAUUAGCGUUCUUUGUAAUAACUUAAUCAGUAACUUUUGCCUGCUUAUACUUUUCAUUUUUGUCAAAGCACUGGAUUCCAUUAGAAUUAAUAGGUGUUAUAAUAACAGUAAUUGCAUUUAUUGGGGGUGUUUGGAUUCCAGAAUCCCCUAGAUAUCUUAUUUCUAAAGGUUAGUAUUACGAUGCUUAUAGAGUCUUUAAUUCAAUAGCCAGAGUAAAUGGAAAGAGGUUCAGCAUGAUUUAGUUCAAAUUAUCUAGCAAAAAAAAGAAUUAAGAUUAUAUGAAUUAGGUACCUGAUCCAAAUAUGUGGAUUUCUGAAAAUUAGGAAAAUCUUGGGGGAAAAUAAAGUAGGAGAGGAACUGACGCAGUAAUGCAGACUGAAGGUGCUGAAAUAUUAGAAACAUAAAAUAAUGAUCCAGAUUUCUAGAUUAAAAAUAAGCAUGCUGUGAGAUUUACAGAUGUAUUCAAAUCGAAUUCUUAAAGACUUAACUUCAUAUCUCUUCUGAUAUGUUGGUGUGUUAACUUGUUUAAUGCGAGUGUUUUGCAAGAUUCACUCAAUAUUAUAGAGAGAGAUACUUUUGUGGAUUACUUCAUAACUGCAAAUGCUGAAGCUCUAUCUCUAAUACUGUCAGCCUUUAUUUAUCUAGCAAGGGGUGGAUAAAGAGUUACUACUUAUGCAUUCUUGGCAUAAGGUUCAUUUGCAGCAUUACUUAUUGGAUUCACUGACAACGAUUAAGUUAUUAAGAUUUUUAUUAUUCUUGGAACAUUUGCAAACGGAUGUGCUUUGAAUUGUAUAUAUCUGAUGACAUUCGGAAUUUUUCACACAUCUUUCAUUUGCAUUACAUUUGGUGUAAUGUAAUUGUGUGGAAGAUUAGUCGCAAUAGCUGCUCCUUUUGCUAUUGAUUUACCACUACCUUACUCAAUAAUAAUAUUUAUUGGAAUGAGUUUCACAGCAGCAAUAGUAAGCUAAUUAUUUAUUAGAGAACCCUACAGAAAAAUAUGA